AUGGACACCUUCCUCCAGCUAGACGCGAGUGGCGUGUACGACGACCACGACCUGGCAAUCAGUGCGCCCGUGGACCUCGAGACGCAGAUCCAACGCCACGUAGUCGAGACGAGUCCGACCGGAACGCUGUUUGGAGACCACCUAUACCCUCCUGUUGCGGCCGCAGAGGCGGUCGUCGACACAAGACACGAGCAGUUGAGGGCGACAAACUUGGACGCAGUAGCCCGUCGGAGGUAUCUCGAGCGUGUUCUAUCCAUUGAGACUGAGAUGCGAGAGGCCGAUAAGGAGAUCCAGCGGCGAAUCGACGGUAUGAAGCGCAUUCUGGCGCUCGAAGAUUGCAAGGAGCAGCUGUCGCAGUACAUGGCACUUGAGCAGGAGGUCCGACGAGACGAUGACGCCGUGGACAUUGUGGAGGAUUUACUGCAGUGCGCGGAUCGCAUGACGAAGGAGGAGGACAGCGAGGUGGCCACAUUAGGCGCGUUCUUCUUCUUGUGCGACAAACAGCGGCAUGGGGUACGGCAGAAGACGACCAUGCUGCCAGUAGUAGUGGCCAUGAUGGAAGCUCUCAGUGGACGAGACCACAACACGUCGUCGUAA